CUAUGCAUCAGCAAACAACUUCAAAUAACAAUCUUGAGGAACCAGAUAAAAGACCCUUCUCUAUAAGACAGUAUGUUCUUGCUUGUCGUCAGAAAGAUGUCCUUUCUAACUGGCCAUUUCCAGAAAAAUACUUGCAAAUUUGUCUCAAUUACGGUAUUAGUGAUGUGUUGCCGCCCCUUGAAUCCCAUAAUUCAGCCAUCCAAUCACUCAGAGGAGCUGUAGGUUUGAAUUCUACUCAACAAGAUGAUGAGAAUGUUGAUUACUCCGAAGACAAAGAACCAGAUACCAUUGAGCAGGAGAUUGAAGAUGAGUGUAAAUUAUACUCUGACUCUGAGGAAGCAGUAUCGGCACUUUCAAUCCAACAUUGCCAUUUAUCUCCUUCAAAUAGCAGUCAUAAGCAUGAAGAAAACAAGACUGGCUUCAGUCCCCACGAUGCUUCCAGUAUUAUGGUUUCAACAGAUCAACCUUCAACACCUUCGACUACAAUACCAAGUUCACACCUUAAUGUUAUUCAGUGUAAUAAAACAUUGACUUCUUCUACGAAGCCGAGGCAUAUGAAAAAACAACACAAGGGUAAGCAUAAGAAGUGGUCGAUGGCGAGUAUUUUAUCUGUAGCCAAGCCUUGUACAUCAGAGGAUCUCCUUAGAAUUAAAAGAUUGUGCUGUGUUUCAAGCGCACCUCUUGAGCAGGGCGGUGAAGGAAUUGAGAAUAUGAUCGAUGUUAGGCAUGAUUGCAAUUCUGAUCUAACCAAGGAUUUCUCGAGUGAAAAGCUUGAAAGAGAUGAUAGUGAAGAAGCCAAGCUCAGUAUGCUGUCCAGACAAAAAAUUGUUGUGAAGUUCAAGUUUAGCGGUUGCAAAUCCGAUGUCUGAAGCAAAAAUUAAUUAAACUUGCCGAUUAUAUAUGAGGCUUCAGACAAUGUUUAUUAGCUCUGGUGCAAGUUAUGCUGUGUCAACCUACGGCUUUCUCCUUCAUGGCAGGUCGCUAUGUAAGAAGUUGAGGAUUUUUGUCAGAUGCAGCAUAAAUUCUUGAAUCUUAUGAUAUAGUUUAUGCAAAAAUUCCAGCACUAGGAGCUUCCCAGUUGGUUUGGCAUUAUUCACUCAAUGUGGAAUGAAGAUAGGGUUGUUCAAGAUAUGAAGGUCAUGAGGGACAGUAGGGAUGCAUCCGGUUCUUUAUUUCAAACCAUACCCAAGCUAAGGAAGCGCAUAUGGUCUAUUAUCAUGCUCAACAUAUUGCUAUGUGAUGUCAACUUAUUCAUUGCAGAAUUUUUGUGGAGCCACCAUGGUUUCUAUGUGCGUUUGGCUGAAAUUGUCUUUCAUUUUGAAGCUCUUUCUGCUGAGCACAAUGAUGGGUACUUGGAAAGAGGUCAGCUUCAUGGGCUACCUGGUACAGUCACAAUCUUGGGAUGCAUGGGAUUGAGAUCCCUGAGUUGUCAUCGUCUUUUAACAUAUCAUUAUCUUUGCUUGAUGAAUACGAGGAGUGAAUGCACUUUUGGUGAUGCCUCAAAGACCCAAACAUGCUCGUUUGAAAUGUCCUCAUGUGGCUCGACCAAAACUCAAUGCAGAUUGUUCUUCAAAACCAGAUUUGAGGUGCUACUGUUGGGAAUGACAAAGACAAAGUGAUGGUGAUGAUGACACUUUGGGCGGCAUUUCCAGAAAGAGAUUCUGGCAAUUUCAUGUGAGUUGAAGCUUGAACUGGAUUCGGGGUUCUGUUCGAUUAUAGUAGAGCCCACAUCUGAAAUUUGAGGAUGAUGCAUACGUAGCUAAUGAUGGAAGGCAUAGCUACUGUCUCAGUUUCUUUUCUUUUCUUGUGACUAUAUUCCUAGAGGUUGUAAUAGGGUAGCUCAAUCUGUCACCUCACUCCUUGGCUAUAAGUUUCUUUACAAUCAGAUAUUGAUGUUCGUACCCAUUUCAUAUUAUUAAUUGACAUUGAGAAUCUUUGGAGAUUGA